AGAGCAGGAAAAAGGAAGAGAAGGGCAAGAAAGACAAGGAAAACAGGAUGGCUGAGGUGUUUCUGAAACUAAACCUGGGUAAUUAGGUGCUACGCUGGAAAGGGAGAAAAAAAAUUGAGGUUGGUAGAAGAGGGCGGAAGAAGAGGAGGUUAUUUCCGAAAAGCAAAGGAGUAACAGUGUUGUAGAGAGGCAAGGGAGGGGAGAAAGAAGAAACUAGUACAUAGAGUGCUGAAACUUAUAAGCAUUCCGGAUAAACAGUUACAAAGAAGUUAAAAGAAAAAAGAAGCAAAAACAGAGACGAGGGAAGAUUGCAUCCGGAGCUGACAGGUGAAACUCGGCUAUCCAGGAUGGACAAAGUAGAGCGAGUGAUGAAGAUGGUGAAGAGGAUGUCACCAAGGAAGAAGAGGAGGGAAGGAGGGGGAGGAAGGGCAGGAGGACCAGGAGAGCUGGAGAGCCCAGAUACCCUGUGUGAUGAACUCUGUCGUUUCAGCCUCUGCAUUAGCGAUGAUGGACCAUAUGGGAAAACUAAGGAUAUCUCUGGACCAGAGCAUACCAUGGCCUCAAGAAGACACAGCAUACCUGAAGCUCUGCGGGGGGUGACUAUGGUGGAGCUGGUGAAGAAAGAAGGCAGCACACUGGGCCUCACCAUCUCAGGAGGAACUGAUAAGGAUGGAAAACCACGUGUAUCAAACUUACGACCUGGAGGACUGGCAGCCAGGAGUGACCAGUUAAAUGUUGGGGACUACAUCAAAUCCGUGAAUGGGAUCAAUCUGACCAAACUGCGGCACGAAGAGAUAAUCAGCUUAUUGAAAAAUGUAGGAGAGAGGGUUCUGCUGGAGGUGGAGUAUGAACUGCCCCCCACAGCACCAGACAGCACCUCAGGGGUUAUAUCAAAGACAAUUGACAUCUGUUUGCACAAAGAAGGGAACAGUUUUGGUUUCGUCAUGAGAGGCGGUACCCAUGAGGACUGGCACAAAUCACGCCCUUUAGUGGUCACCUAUGUCAGGCCAGGAGGCCCAGCAGACAGAGAAGGUACCCUGCGCCCUGGCGAUCGUCUCCUCAGUGUGGAUGGUGUGCCACUACACAACGCAAACCACAGUGAUGCUCUCAGCGUGUUGGCCCAAUGUGGCCAGGAAGCCCUGUUCCAAAUUGAGUACGAUGUAACUAUCAUCGACUCACUGGCAAAUGCAUCUGGUCCACUGUUAGUGGAAAUAGCCAAAUCUCCAGGAGCAACACUAGGCAUCACGCUGACUUCAGCCAAUCAUCAAAACAAACAGGUCAUUGUCAUCGACCGGGUUAAACCUGGCAGCGUGGUGGACAGAUGUGGAGCACUGCAUGCUGGGGAUCACCUGCUGUCUAUUGAUGGGACAUCAACAGAGCACUGUACGGUUCUGGAGGCAACACAAUUAAUAGCAAGCACAACAGAACUGGUUAAAUUAGAAAUUCUUCCCUCGCAUCAAACGAGGUUAACUGGAAAACAGCAUGACACGGUCAAGGUUCAGAAGUCGGACCAUCCCCACUCCUGGGACCCUUGUGUUAAUUACUGUCCCCCUCCAAACUCCACUCUCUGCAACACAAGUUCGACCCUCAAUAAAUCGUGGACAGCCUCUAACAACAACACAAUCAACAACCUUGACUACUGCAAGUCUCUUGUAUCAGCCAGUUUCUCUCCUGCCUCUACAACCACUUCUGGCCCCAGCAGCCAGAGCUCGAGCACGUUACCCAGGCCCACUGUUCCCAUGAGUCCCCGUAAUUCACUGCUUAAACGGCGGCAGAGAAAGAAAGAGCAUAAGAGCUCCUUGUCCCUGGCCUCCAGUUCGGUGGGUCCAGGUGGUCAGGUGGUUCAUGUAGAGACCAGUGAGGUUGUCUUAACAGGUGACCCACUGAACGGCUUUGGUGUACAACUACAGGGAGGAAUAUUUGCCACCGAAACGCUGUCAGCACCACCACUUAUUCGAUUCAUAGAGCCUGACAGCUCUGCAGAGAGGUGUGGCCUGCUGCAGGUAGGAGACCGUCUUCUGUCGAUCAAUGGAAUCCCCACAGAAGACGGAACACUCGAGGAAGCCAAUCAGCUCCUUCGAGAUGCUGCAUUGACCAAUAAGGUCACACUGGAAAUAGAGUUUGAUGUAGCAGAAUCAGUGGUGCCAAGCAGUGGUACUUUCCACGUCAAACUGCCGAAGAAAAGAGGAGUGGAACUGGGGCUCACCAUCAGUGCCAGUAAGAAGCCAGGGGAGCCUCUUAUCAUUUCUGACAUCAAGAAGGGGAGCAUGGCUCACAGAACAGGAACACUGGAGCCUGGAGAUAAGCUGCUGGCUAUUGACAACAUCAGACUUGAAAACUGUUCCAGAGAUGAUGCGGAGCAGAUCCUCCAGCAGUGUGAGGAACUCGUCAAAUUAAAAAUACGUAAAGAUGAAGACAACUCAGAUGAGCAGGAGACAUCAGGCAGCAUCAUAUACACAGUGGAACUGAAGCGGUACGGAGGCCCUCUGGGUAUCACCAUCUCUGGCACUGAGGAGCCUUUUGACCCCAUCACUAUAUCAGGCCUAACUAAGAGAGGCCUUGCAGAAAGGACAGGGGCUAUACAUGUAGGUGAUCGGAUCUUGGCUAUCAACAGUGUCAGCCUGAAAGGGAAGCCACUGAGCGAAGCCAUCCACUUGCUGCAGAUGGCUGGAGAGACGGUCACUCUCAAGAUAAAAAAACAGCUUGACAACAUAGAAGACAGGAAGACGGCAGAUAUAGAGGACACAACAGAAAACGAGAUCAGUGACCCUGAGGAGGAUGAUUUGACAGACAGCCAACAAACCAACAAGCUAUCAGAGCUUUACUCCACAACAAUACCCAGCGUUGACUCUGCUAUGGAGUCAUGGGAUGGCUCAGGGCUGGAUGCAGGCUAUGGGAGCCAGGGUACAUACACCCAUCAAGCAGCUGGUAUCGCUCUACACCCGCAUGAGUGGCGUAGUGCCAAGCAACAACGAAGUACCACGCCUCCUCCUGGACGUCGGAAGAACUACCCGUUUAGUGAUGGAGGCUUCAGUGAGGAUGACUGGGACAAACCACCAGGAUUUAUUGGCCAGCAACCGGAUGGCAUUCUAUUGGAUCCAGAAGACAGUUUCUGGUGUCAAGCUCUGGAGGACCUGGAGACCUGUGGCCAGUCAGAACUACUAAGAGAAAUAGAGGCAUCCAUCAUGACAGGCACAGCCAUCAGUCUUGGUGUAGAUGGUGUCAACAAGCCUCCAUCUGAGCCCAUACUGACCCACAGCAGGAUGAGCCCAUUGCGGCGAAAUUCUCUCCUGCAUCAAGGCAACUUGCACCACCAAGGAACACACCUCCAUCAGGGUGCUCAUCUUCACGAGGAAGCCCACCUUCAUGAAGAGGCUCAACUUCACCAAGACCCCCAUCUACACGAGGAGGCCCAUUUCAACCAGGAAUUGCACCUACAACAAGGGGUCCACAUUCACCAAGAUAUCCAAUCCCCUCUCCUGCACCACGAGCCCAAGUCAAAGGCCUCACUGAGAGUAUCAGAGAGGACAUGGGAGUCCCGUCGGAUCAAAGAAGAGAUGCAGGGUAUUCUGUCACCAACACCACUAGAGCUUCACAAAGUAACAGUGAUAAAGGACCCAGAGAGUGAUGACUUUGGCUUUAGCGUGUCAGAUGGUUUCUUGGAAAAAGGUGUUUAUGUCAACAUGAUCAGACCUGAUGGCCCUGCUGACAGAGCCGGGCUUAGACCCUAUGACAGGAUCCUGCAGGUGAACCAUGUAAGGACGAGAGACUUUGACUGUUGUCUGGCCGUACCUCUCAUCACAGAAGCAGGAGACAGACUUGAACUGGUCAUCAGCCGCAACCCACUUGCCAAUGAUGACCCAGAGGACAAUAACAACACUUUAGACCACGCACUUGACCUGUAACACAAAUACAUACACGUGCACAAAACAUACAGAAGACAUAUUGUAACUGGUGAUGAAGCAUAAACUUAUACAUAGUGGAACUGGCCCAAAAACGCAGACACACACUCACUCACACACACACUCCACCGGCUUGCAGUAUAUCUGUUUAAAUACAGAGACUCCUACUGGAACACACAUCCUAACACGUGCAUGCUCACAUAGUCUCCCCAUCCCAUUUACACUGGGUUGAACUGCUUUUACACAGUACGGUCUAUAUGAAAGCAUCACCACAAUACAGAAAAACACACCAAAAGCUCUCCCGAUAACUGGCUGGACUCACAGUGUUGUUUCGAUUUCAACAAUGACUUACUCGGCACUUUAAAUAGCCAUUUUUACUCAUUUUAACCUGCAAUACGGGUAAGAUUAUUUCAGUUUUUAUUGCAAGGCCAUAUGCUCCCAUGAACCUACAGUACUUGCACCUGAGAGAUCUGCCUUAUACAAUAUUGUAAAUGAUUUUACCGGAGAAAAAUUCUCAGUUUCGGGUUUCCAUUUGUUUCACAGAAGGUUACUAAGUACUAACAGAAAACGGAACAAAUAGUUCAUAAUGGGAGUGUGUCUAUAAUAAAUGUAGCCACUUUAGAAUUUCAUAAUGCUGCUAAGAUUCUGCUCAAACACUGCUGCUCACUUGACAUUACCAAGAAAAAAACAAAAUUCUGGAGUGGUCAAGUAUAGCUGUUUUUUUCAAGGCAGACUUCUCUAUUGGAUCUUGCUGCACAUUAUAAUGUCACUUUGGUGACAUCACAACGCUGAUUUAUGAAGAUGUCAUCAGUGAUGCCAUCACAACUGCCAAACUGUUAUUUUGUUUCAUGCUAUCAUAAAAUGAAAGUGAAAGGAGAGAAGGGCGUAAUUUCUGCUCCCAAUGAAAAAUGGUGUCUUAAGUGGAAUUGACCAAUCACGGCUUUUGCUACACCAUAAAUGAGCAUGAGUGGCUGUGCCCCAGAACAAACUGUACUGCCAAACGAAGAACAUCUACCUGCAUUUGAAAUGUGCCAAAUGUUAUGACAUUAUCCACUAUAUCAAUAGUUGUCUGAGAUCACUGGGUUCACCUCAUCAUAUUUCAUUGCAAGACUACAAUGUCAAGCAACAGUAGCAUUUCAAAUUCAUUUCAAAUCGCAAAAUUAUUAGAUUUGAGGCUCAGAGUGAUUUAAUGUAACAUCUGUUUGUCUUUAUUGGCAUAUUUGUGUAAGGAUGUGUGCCGCAGAAUAAAUUAACUAGCAGCUAGUUUAAUUUUAAGAUGUUAAGUCUGAUUUAUAUAAUCCAACAACAAAAGGAUCAUUUCACUUACCAGCGACCUCAAAACUAAUAUAUACUGUGAGCCACUGGGACCAUUCUUGGAGAAGAAUGCCUAAGCAGUGAUUAAAGCUGUUCCCAAUAGCAGGCAGUGUCAACACAAUGACAAGUGUGAUUUAGGAGGAUCUAUAGGAAUUAAAAUAUUCAUAAUUUUCCAUUGGAGUAUCACUUAUAAGUAUGAAUCAUCGUGUUUUCAUUUGUCCAGCAUGAGAUCAGCAUUUAUGGUUGUGGGCCUUCUGCAGUAAUGCCCGAGUGUCAUGCCGCCAUAUUUUACAGAGGAGACAAGACACAGUUGUUCCCGAUAUGUUCCAGAACUGGAAUAUUACCAAACUGGAAUAUUUGAUAAUAUUCUAUUUUUUGUUUUCUUUUUUAUUAUAUAAUCUGUAUUUCUUCUACACAUCUAAUAAGGAAGUGGUAUACAGUUGCUUGUGAUCUGCAGCCUCACCACUAAACCCUAUGUGGUCCUUGAGGAAGAUUCAAUUAUUGAAGAGUCUCAUUGUCAUGGAUCAUUUAUGCUGUUGUAUAGAUGUUAAGGCAGUGGGAACAACAAGCAACAAGUCAUAAAGAAGUAACAUUCUCUUUGUUGUGGCUUUUAAUUUAACAGCCUUUUAAACUAGGACACACAGUUCAUUCAAAUAAUAGCUAUAGAGCACUACUGCUGUUUGGAUUUAUUGGUAACACUCGCCCUUUUGCACAAAGAUUAUGAACAAAGUCAAUAGCAUCAUCUGCUAUCAGACCUACUACACUAGGUUGCUGGUGAAGCCAGACUAUGGACAAAUUUCCGACACACACAUUCUUACACAAAAGGCUCUGAUAACAAAGGAAAUGAAACCGUACAGUGUGUGUUAUGCAUUUAUUAUCAAGCCAUUUUGUUGUGUCUUUCAUGAAUGUCUGUUUAUGAUGUGUAAUUUGUAUGUGAGUGUAUCAGUAGGUUCUAUUCCAAGGUGCAAUUGGAAAUUUCCAGAGUUCGGCCUGAGUUAAACUGAGCCACUAUCCUUUAAUGGUCAGCACCCUUUGAAGCACUGUGAGCAUUCCUGACUACUUGUGUGUGCUCAUUUGCAAUUUCACCAUGGAUCCAAAAUUGAACUAAGAACAAACAUUAGUUUGAACAGAGUGUGUGCCAAAUGUUAUGUCAAGGAUUGAGAGCUGGUUUUACCCACUAUUAACCUUCACCACAACAUUAAGUGUUGUGGUUUCCUUGACUGACAGCUCAUUAGUGCAAGAUUCUAAUCAGUUCACAUAAUGCUGACUAUUGGGAAAAUAGUAAACCUUUCUCUUCUUCCUAAAGCCUCCCCUGCUAACUUUUGAUUAGCAACCUUGUCACAUCUUACAGAUCCCUUCUUGAACUAAACCUGAUCUUAGUUGUGCGAUAGUUUUAAAGCCCUAAGUAUAUUUCUACUUCUACUGCUAAGGGAAUGUUAAUUUCUAAUUCAAGAGACAGCCAACUAGAACCUUACACCUGCAAUGUGGUUAGACACACAAUCUGUAUUUUUACACCACUGACGCCUCAUUAAUGAAUGAGACUACAGUGUCCAAGGCCAAAGGCAGUACAUCAGGUCAGAAGCACAACAAGUAGCAUUUUUUUUAGUUUGGAGUGGUGCACCAUUAAUAUUUAACAGAGCUAGUCCUAGCUGUAGCAUCAUCUUGUACAGCUGCAAUUUAUUUAUUAAUUUGAUUUAUUCUUCUUUGUGUCAACAUAAGCUGUGACUCAUCAGCCAUCAUACUAACCUGUUUUGGGUUUGACUUUCCCAAAAACUAAAUUUCAGGGUGUUUGAUUUUAUAAUCAAGGGCACUGUGCAUCCGACUAACAAUAGUCAGAAUGCUCAAAGUAGCUGGAGCACUGAAAUACCCUUCACACAGAAACUUUAGAACUUACAAGUCUUCAAGUUUCAAGUUUUGCAACCCCAGACAUUAAUUCCAUUUCCUUCAGACCCCUAAUUUCUCAUGAUUUUUUCUUUUUCCUGCCAAAAAUGUGUUUGCUCCAAUUAUCUUUGGAUUAACUGAAAUUGGGCUGGCUCUUGUUCCCUCCUACUGAUCUUGGCAGUUUAUGAAUGUGCUGUGCAAAAGUAGGUGCUUAAAUUCUACAAAGUAGCAGUUAACUUAAAUAAAUUGCAGUAAACAGAAUAAAACUAAAAUCAAUCUCUGGUUUUGCUACCAUUUUCCACCAAAACAGCACCAAUCUUUUACACUUUAAGCUAACUGGCAUCAUCCAAAUAUUUCUAAGAACUUACCACAGUUCACUUCUUUGUCUUCUUUAAUCCUAUUGAUAGACAUGAUGAAGCCAUACAAUUUCAAAGAAACUGCUCAUCUAUGUAUGGGUUGCUCUUAGUUAACAUUUAAAUACUUUACUGCAGUAUUUUAUAAAUGCGCAAGUUGCAAGAUAAAGGUUUUGUCCUUUUUGAGGAAAAAAACAAAUCUAAACAUCCUUUGCACACUUGUGUGUGUACACAUAUUAGCAUGAAUUAUGGUGAACAAAACUAUAUGGAGUAUAUGAUGGAUACAUCGUCAGUAUAAGGAUAUUAUUAUAAGUGAGUAAUAGAACAGCAUUUUUUUUUCGACAAGACUAACAAAAAAAACUCAACUUUGAGAGAGUCACAACCCCUGUUCCUACCAUUUUCUUAUGUUGUUAUGUAACAGAAUUCAGCGGCACCCUAUAAGAAUUUCCAUGUCUGUAUGGGUGUGAAUAACAAAACAUAUACAGAAGACUUCUAUUUGUCAACGUUUCUCUGUCUAAUACAUGUAUGUGCAAAAAAUGUCCACUACUUCUGGGCAUACACUGUUUCAGAGGUGUGUGUGUGUUUGUGUGUAUGUGUCUGUGUGUGUGUGUAAACUAAUUUGUGUACAUUUCAUUGUACAGUAGUGAGGUUUUAAAGGAUUGUGGGCCUUUAUAUUUUUAUUUCCAAAAACCGGAAAAGGCUUAAAAUAGUGUAAACUCAACACACAUACAAAAAAGGGACAUUUACUUCUCUCCAAGCACUUACUGCUGAAUAUAAAGCACACUGUUGAAUACCAUGCACUGUAAGUAUUUUCAUGUACAAUGGAACAAACUUUUGUAAAGCAACAAAAAAUGAAAAUGCUGAGAAAAGCCUUCUGAAUUGUUUGUUUGUUUGUUUGUUUUUUUCUUUUAUGUAUGUAUGUGGCCAUGUAUACUCCCUAUGCAUUUUUGGGUCAAAUGUCAGUUUAAAGCCCAAUCCAGAACCGUAACAACUGUUCCGCGCGGAUAAGUUUAUAAUACAAAAAAUGUUAUUUAAUUCCCUGUGCUUUUUCGAUUUUGGGGAAAAUAAAAAUGUUCAUGUGAAGAUUUAAUGGUAAUGUACCACAUUUUAUUAGACUAGCUUGUUGGCAUUACUCCCCUGAACCCAUUAAGCGAUUUCAGUACAUUAGAUAAGUUAUUACAUAAUCCACCAUAUAUUACAUCAUCAGCUAAAGUAAAGCCCUUUCACAAGCCCACGCCUGCUCAGUCACUCACAAAUAUACCAUGUAAACAUGGUUAAUCUUGUCGUACAGCUUAAAUAAAGGGCGAUUCACCUUCUGACCAGAGGAUGCUAGUUCAUGGCUAUUGAGCAGUAAGGAAAGCCAAACUAGGUAAAUGUUACUGGGUAAUUACUUUAUGCUUCUAUAACAAGUUCCUGUAGGGGAGAGAGCACAUGUUGCUUUUUCUACCGCACGAGUUGUCAAUGUGCAACGUAAGCCAGUCAUGUACUCAUGAUUUUGGUUGGGAGACUACAGUCAAAUAUUUGUGUUACAUUACAUCAAUCUUUUGGCUCUUUAUUUUUAUUUUUGGUGUGCAUUUUGUUUUGUUUUUUAACAUGCAGUGUCUAAAUUGGAGAGCCUCAGCUGCAGCAAACUGUGGGUAGCAAAACAUUCAAUGGCUGCAAGGAAACUACAUUAUCUUGUCACCUCUUGUCAACUCAACAAAUCAGAAAAUUACCAGUAACAGAUAAAUAAUGUUAGCUGAACACUAGCAAGUUGUUACAACUAGCAAACUAUAGCACCUACCAAUCUGACCAUUAGUUAUACAUAAAUAACAAAUACAAUUGUGACAGCAAAACUACCCAAACCAGCUAUUUAUAGCCAUUUUAUUCACAACUUGCCACAAUAAGUGAGCAGCAAUAAACCUACUUAAACUAACCAGCUAUAAGUAGGCUUGUUGCUGAGAACUAUACAAUGAGUCAAUAAGAUGUCUUGUUAGCUUACUGGCCUGUUUAAUGACAGUUGUUGAUGAGCUAACUUAAAUUUCUUCUCCGAUAUCUAGCCAGUUAACCUAUUUAGCUCAAUGAUAAACACAAACACUGACUUCUUCGUUGCAGUCAGCGUAAUUAUGACUUGAAACUGAGAAAAUGAUGUCAUGCUGCACAUUUCAAAAGUAGGAAAUGUCAGUGUCUCCAGUCUUUGUUCCUAUUUUUUUUUAUUAAUGUGUUUAUUUUUUUUAAUUAUGUUUCAUGCUUUAUUUUUUAAAGAUAUUUUGAUUUGUUCUUUUGCCUAAUAUGUGUUUGGAUGUCAAAGUUGCUACGGUUCUGGACUGGGCUAUUAAUAAUGUACGCAUUGAUAUUGUGUAUUUUUUUUUCCAAACUGUGUAAAGUUCUAUUCUAUGUAAUAUAGUAUUUUUCUAUGACAGUAUGCUCUUCCAAAACAUAGGAAGAAAAUACAAAAUGAAAAAUAAAACGUAUAACUUUGUUGUUGUCAUUUUGAUUUGUUUGUUUGUUUGUUUGUUUGUUUGUUUCAUUUUCUAAGAAACAAAGAGUGUACUGCUAUACUUCUCUUUUUGA